UUCUCUCACGGUACGCAACAGAAUUUGAUAAUAUAUACACCAUUGGAUAGAGGAAGUCUUCCUCUACAAACCUACAUAUAUCCCGUUUUGUGGUCAAAACAUCAUAGUCGCCUUUAAAGUUAGUCGGCUUUGAGUUUUUAGAUCAAUCCACUGUUACAAAUAGAUGAUAUUUACGAUAAAAUUGAAGAGGAAAUAAUGGCUACAAUUGUAACGGAAUAUUUAAAACUUAUUGUAUACAAACUGGAAGCCCGCAUGCAGGACUAUUAUUUUGGUGAUCUUGCAAAACAUGUUAUACUAAAUAUUGUUCGUAUUCAUGCUGAAGUUUAUUCUGUUUCUCAUUUACUCGUUUUUGAUGUUAUCUCACGUGUACUUGACAAAUGUAUCAGUGAUCACUUACUUCAACAUGCAUGCGUUAGCGAUGAUCUAUUAGUGAUACGUGAAUGUUUUAAUCGAUAUAUGACAGAUACAACAAUAACAAAAUUAAAUGAACAUAUAUCACAAACAUCGACGAAUAUCAAUAGUGAUUGUGUUGAUAGAUUUCUCAAACAAAUGCAUUUAUAUUUGACUUCAUUCACAUAG